AUGAACUGUGUCCUGGAUGGAAACUGUGUUAAAGCAUUUGGAAAGGCCAUUCAUGCCCUGUCCCGGGUUGGAGAUGAGCUGUGGUUGGAUCCCACGGUCAAAGGGCUGGCACUGCGAUCAGUGAAUUCUGCUCAUUCUGCAUAUGCCUGCUUCCUCUUCGCGCCAAUGUUCUUCCACCAGUACAACCUGGGAUCAGCACUAGAACAGGGUAGUGAAACAAUCAAAUGCAAGCUGGUCAUGAAGUCUGUGCUGCCACUUUUCCGGUGUUUGACUUCCAUUGAGCGUAACGUGAAACAAUGCGAGAUAUCAAUCGGCACUCCCUGUGACCGAGUGAUGAUCAGGUUUUUCUGCAGACAUGGUAUCACCAAAACCCACAGUGUAAGUUUCCAGGAAAGCGAGGCUCUGCAGGCAGUGUUUGCCUCACACCUUUGUCCUAAUGUGCUGAAGGCUCCUGCCAGGCUUCUCUGUGAUAUGGUGAGGCAUUUCCCAGUGUCUCAAGAAGAAAUCACGUUGUCUAUGAGUCCUCUGAAAGUCAGUCUGAGAAAUUACUUUGAAGGGGCAAAGGAUCACCUGAAGACGAUGUACACUGAAAUGUCCUUACACCCAGACGAGUUCGACUACUUUCAGGUCGGAGUGGACUCGGGCAUAACCUUCUGUCUGAAGGAGUUGAGGGGUUUAUUGGCCUUUGCAGAGUCACAUUGCCUUCCAGUGUCAGUUCACUCUGGUGCUGCAGGAAGGCCUGUGUGCUUCUCAGUGGAGGACAUGGUUGUUGAGGCCACUGUGGUGCUGGCUACUCUGAUUGACUCUGAAAGCAGGGGCCCCUCUCAGCCGACAGAGACCUUGGCACCCCCUACACCCAGGUGUGUAGAUGCUGCUGCCUUACCUGUGGGUUACUGCGACGCACACAGCAACAUACCUCAUGAUACUGCGGCUGGGACAGAGCUGGUAGCAUCCAGCCAGGGCAGCCCUAUCAUCAACUCUGCUCUGAUGCAACUUCUGCCUCAGACCGACAUUCCUAAUGAACUCUGUGUGCCUGACGAGGCCUGUCACAGCGCCAGCACAACUCCUGCUUCCACAACAAUCUGCUCCCUCCUGUUCAGGGCCUUGUCCUCAGAUCAGGAUGAUCCAGGGCUGCCUGUCCUGGCAGGUUACAGUGAUGGAGAGGAGAAUAUGGAGGACGACGACUAUCCAAGAAGCCCUCAACUCUGAAGUUACGCAAUAUGCAAUAAUCUAUGGUCACAAUGAAAGAUCUAAAUUUAAUUUUAAGAUUACGGUUUAUACCGCAAAGCUUCUUUUG